AUGCGGGAUGAUGACGGCUUCACCCUGUUGCAUUUGGCUGUCAUGACACCCCCCAGCGACCGCGUCUUUGCCACUGUGGCCCUGCUUUUGCAGUUCCGGGCAGAGGUUGAUUGCCGGAACCUGCUGGGCGAAACGCCGCUAAUGCUCGCCUGCCGUGCUGCCAUGGAACGGCCCGGCGAUGCCUCACCAGCUGGUCCAUGGCUUCGCCCAAUGCGCAAGCUGCUCGAAGCGAAGGCUGAUCCGAAUGCGGCUGAUCUUUCUGGCGAGCCACCUCUUAUCGAAGCUGCCUGCUACGGCGACCUUGAGGUUUGUCAGCUGCUGCUGGAGGGUCGCGCAGAUGCUUCCCACGAAAGCACAGUGGGUGUGACGGCUCUCGGGUUGGCAGAGUGCGAAGGCCACAGAGAGGUGGCUGAGCUGCUUGCCCAGCAUCUGGGGUCUGCUGGCAAGGACUCGCCAGCCAAAGCUGAGGAGGCCGGCACCGUACACGCCGAUGACCCUGAGAAGGCGGAGGAUACUUUCACCCACGAUCCAGGUGUGGAUGUCUCAUCGCUCCCAGACAGCCCGGUCAAGAAGAGCCCGCCAAACGACGGAUUAGAGAAGAUGACAGAGGCUGACAUGGAGGCAGGUGAGUCGCAGAAAGACAUCAAUGAUGAAGAGCCACAAUUGCAGGAAGAAUCGACGGAGGCUGCGAAGCCAGCUUUUGAGGCGUCCUUCACCUCCGAGCCAAGUGCUCCCCAGGAGCCGGAAGUGUCGGAGCUUCCGGAGGCACCGAACAAGAGAUACAAGAGUCCAUCAGGAAGGUCGGAAGACAAGCUGCUAGAAAGCUGUCCAGCCACCGAUCCAGAGGCAGCUCCACCCAGCGCCUCGGCUUUCAGUGCAGAAACGCCUUAA